AUGCGUGAGAUAAUCCACAUGCAGACGGGCCAAUGCGGCAACCAGAUCGGCUCCAGUUUCUGGGAGACUGUGACGGAGGAGCACGGCAUAUCGCCGACGGGCGCGUUCGAAGGAGUCAAUCCGGACCUGCUCCUGGAGCGAAUCAGCGUCUACUUCUGCGAGGCGUCGGGCGGCAGGUACGUCCCGCGGUCCAUUAUGGUGGAUCUGGAACCGGGUACCAUCGACUCGGUCCGCUCGGGGAAACUCGGACAGCUCUACCGUCCGGACAACUUCGUAUUCGGACAGAGCGGCUCGGGCAACAACUGGGCGAAGGGUCACUACACCGAGGGGGCCGAGAUGAUCGAGGUCGUUAUGGAGAGAGUGAGGAUGGAGGCAGAGGGCUGCGACAGUCUCCAGGGGUUCCAGCUAACUCACUCCCUCGGAGGAGGCACUGGGUCGGGUAUGGGGACUCUCCUCAUCUCGAAACUACGGGAGGAGUUCCCCGAUAGGAUAAUGACGUCGUUCAGCGUCAUUCCGUCUCCGAAGGUGUCCGAUACGGUCGUCGAACCGUACAACGCCAUGCUGUCUAUGCACCAGCUGGUCGAGAACACGGAUCAAACGUUCGCCAUCGACAACGAGGCUCUCUACGACAUCUGCUUUCGGACGCUCAAGCUGACCGAGCCAACCUACACAGACCUCAACCACCUCAUCUCGCUCACCAUGAGUGGCAUCACCACCUCAUUUCGAUUCCCAGGCCAGCUCAACGCCGACCUACGAAAACUCUCCGUGAACAUGGUCCCUUUCCCUCGUCUCCAUUUCUUCAUCACGGGGAAUUCUCCACUCAGCAGUCGCACUACGGUCAACUUCUCCGCAGUCAACGUUCCCGAGCUCACCCGACAGAUGUUCGACCCCAUGAACAUGAUGGCUGCGUGCGACCCUCGCCACGGGCGAUACCUCACCGCUGCCAUGGUCUUUCGCGGGCGGAUGUCGGUACGGGAGGUAGACGACCAGGUCCUGCAGCUACAGAACAAAAACAGCUCCUACUUUGUCGAGUGGAUUCCCAACAACGUCAAGACCGCCGUGUGCGACAUCCCUCCCCGCGGACUCAAAAUGUCGGGGACGUUUAUCGGGAACAGCACGUCCAUCCAGGAGAUUUUCAAGAGGAUCGACGAACAGUUCUCGGCCAUGUUCCGUCGCAAGGCCUUCAUGCAUUGGUACACGGGAGAAGGCAUGGAUGAGAUGGAGUUUACCGAGGCCCAGUCAAACAUGAUAGACCUCAUACAAGAAUACCAGCAGUAUCAGGAAGCAACAGUCGAAGAGGGAGACGACGUCGAAGAAGAUGAGGCCGGGGAAGAGUAUAACGAGGAGGAGGAGCCAGCUGACGAAGAAACAUAG